GUCCCGCCCCUUUUUCCUUCCUCGCUCGCAGGCUGUGUUUCUCCGGGAGAAUGGUGAGGCGGAGCGGUCCUGAGCACGCGCACAAACUUCGGUCUUCAACCGAUUAUAUAAACACAUUUAUUUAUCCGCGCAAAAUUGAAGAAAUUAAAGAUUUCCUGCUGACGGCCAGGAGGAAGGAUGCCAAAUCUGUUAAGAUCAAGAAGAACAAGGACAAUGUGAAGUUUAAGGUGCGCUGCAGCAGAUACCUGUACACACUCGUCAUCACAGACAAGGAGAAGGCUGAGAAGCUUAAACAGUCUCUGCCACCAGGUCUGGCAGUGAAGGAGCUGAAGUAGACGCUUCACUUGUACAAAAAUGUUCUAAUAAAAAUGUGUAAAAACUC